UUAAUUUGGAUUUUCGUUUAAUAAUAACUAAAAAUGACUGACAAGUUACAUACUGUAGUUAAUUUUCAUAUAGUUCUUUCGUAUUUUCUUCUUUUCUAUUAGAUUACUAGUAGAAUGAGUAUUUCAAAACAAUAUUACAGCUUUUGGAUUAAUAUUUUUUUACUAUUUGAUAUGUGAUUCAUUUAUGAGAAAGUGAGUUGAAUUAAAGAGUAGUUUCAAGAUGAUGGCCAUACCAGUUUUCACGCUCCAUCUGAACUACCAGGUUUUGCCUGGCAGAAUAACAAUUGGCAAAUAUGACGGAUCGCAUUGUUGCUUGACGGCUGCCACCACUGGUGAUAAGGUAGUGCUGAUCCACAGUCCUCACAAGAGGGACAGAGUCUCUCUGCUGAACAUAAAUCAGAACAUCACAGCGCUGUGUGCCGGCCUGAACCCAGACGAGGAAAAAGACAUUCUGGUUGUCGGCACCAAGGGUAGUCUACUCGCCUACCAUGUUGAAAACAAUUCCGACAUAUUCUACCGACAGGUGCCAGACGGUGUGAAUGCAAUCACAAUAGGCCGACUGGGCCUUCUAGAGAACCCCCUAGCUUUGGUGGGUGGCAAUUGCUCCAUACAGGGGUUCGAUGCAAAGGGUGAUGACCCCUUCUGGACGGUCACCGGAGAUAAUGUCAGGUCACUCGCACUUCUAGAUGUCGACGGUGAUGGAGAAAAUGAGGUAAAGUAG